GUCAUGAACACCAAGCCCUCACUGCAAGGAAGCUCUGACCUCGUGAAGAACGGGGAGGCUCAAGAGAUCCCCCCUCUGAGGAACUACCUCUGUCUCACCAUGUUCACCUGUUUCUGCCCUGCGUGGCCCAUCAAUAUUGUGGCGCUGGUUUUCUCAGUGCUGGCCCAGAAGAGCUAUGACGAGCAGGACUAUGAUGGCUCCAAGCGGCUGGGUCGGAAGGCUCUCCACAUGGGGGUCAUUUCUUUCAUCAUCGGUCUCAUGAUCAUCACUGCGUAUACCAUUGUGCACUUUACUACGGUACGGAUACACCACAUAAAUGAUGCAAAAUUUAACAGAAGAAUAUUAAGAUUUAAAGUAUCCUGUCCCUCCACAGCAUGUGGUGUGACAUCCUGA